AAUCACUAUGUAAACUCACUGCCUGUCACAACCAGCACAAGAACAAUAGACAAUAUGAGGACCUUCAUCAUUCUGUGAAACAAAACAAAACAUCACAAUUAUUGAAUUAACUGGACAAUUAUUUCACAUUUAAGACCAAGGUCUGUCAAUGGUCAUGACACAGCAACAUGAAACAGUAUUUUCCAACUUUAUCUGUGUAACUUUGUGUAUUGUAGUGUUGUGAUGUAGAGAUUUUUGCCAUUUUAAUUCUUAAGCUUCAGCCACUGGCCUCUUCAGAUGGGGUUCAGGAAGCAGAAUGUAUGGUUGCACUGGAACCAAGCAGGGAACGAUGUCACAGUAUUCAGGGAAGUGUUCUACGAGGGGAAGUGUUUCACAGACAGGAAGCUGGAGGUGUUUGGAGACUGUGAUAACUUCCAGGAUCAUGGAUUCAUGAACAGAACAAACUCCAUCCGUGUGGAGAGCGGGGCUUGGAUGUGCUUUGACCAUCCAGACUUCAAAGGACAGCAGUACAUGCUGGAGAAAGGAGAGUAUCCGGACUUCCAACGCUGGAACGCCCACAAUGAUCACAUGGGCUCCUGCAAGCAAAUCAAAAUGCAUGGGGAGCACUACAGGAUGGAGCUGUUUGAGGGUCAGAACUUCACUGGUCAGUGUGUUGAACUGUGUGAAGACUGUCCCUUCCUCCAGACCACAGGAUUCAGCAAGAACUGUCUCAACUCCAUUAAAGUCUAUGGAGAUGGCGUUUGGGUGAUGUACGAGGAGCCGAACUACCGUGGCCGCAUGUACAUUGUGGAGAGAGGAAACUACUGCUCGUUUAAGGAGUGGCAAGCUGAGACUCCCAACAUUCAGUCUAUCCGCAGGGUGGUCAACUAUUUCUAAACCUUCAAACCCAGUAAUCUGGCUUUUAAAAGAACCAACACAACAGCUCUAUAAGAUGUUCUAGUUUAUUGACCACCUGGAACAGCUGAGCUUUGGUUUGUAAAUCACAUAGCUUUUUGCUUUUAAUCUCAACAGAAUUUCAAUGAUAAAUAGGUUGUUUAAAAAGAAAAUGUCCUUAACACAGAAAUAUUUUAUCAAAAUUUUGUCUGUUUUACUUUGUGUUUGUCUUGAGGCAACGAACUGAAAUAAAAGUGUAUUGUGAAAGA